AAAACCACGUAACUUUAGUUUUGACUCCCGACAAUGGUGCAUUUAAGCCUUUUAAACUAUUUUAAACUUCAUAAUAUUACAUCGCUGAGCGUGUUUGCUAAAGCACACUGCAAUUGCAAAAAUCUAUUUCAGGAAUGUCACGGCGCAGACAGAUCUUUGACCUUUUUUGCCAAAAUGUUGCCACCUACGUUUGUAAAAGGAUUCCACGAUGAAGAAGCCGUUAAAAAAAUGAAAUAUAAGACUUUUGGUCAAACAGGAAUGACUGUUUCUCGCUUGGGUAUGGGUGGUGCUGUGUUUUCGGAUCUUUUUGGUGCUUUCACGUUUGAAGAGUCCAAAAACACGCUUUUAUUAGCACUAAAAUCAGGCAUUAAUUAUAUUGACACGGCACCAUGGUAUGGACAAGGUGUUUCAGAAACAACUAUUGGCAAAGCUCUAGAAGGUGUUCCACGUGAAGCAUACUACAUCGCAACGAAAGUCUGUCGUUAUGAAAGGGAUCCAAAGAAAAUGUUUGAUUUCUCAGCAGAGAAAACUCGUCAAAGCUUCGAGGAGAGUUUAAAACGAUUAAAACUUGAUUACGUCGACGUUUUACAAAUUCAUGAUAUGGAUUUUGCCCCAUCUAUUGAUUACCUCCUCAAAGAAACAUGGCCGGUGCUUAUGGAAUUCAAACGUCAAGGAAAAGCUAGGUUUAUUGGUGUUACAGGAUAUACUUUAUCAAAAUUAGCGGAAUUUGUUGGGAAAUGUGGUGAAAUCGACACGGUUUUAAAUUAUGGUCGAAUGACACUUCAUGAACAAGCAUAUGUUCAGUAUAAAGAUAAUUUUAAGAAUUUGGGCAUUUUGAAUGGCGCUGUGUUGGCGAUGGGAUUAUUCACUAAUAAUGGUCCACAGAGUUGGCAUCCAGCUGAUGCAGAAAUCAGAGCUGCUGCUAAAGGAGCUAUUGAAUAUUGCCAGAAAAAUGACGUUGAUAUUGCUAAAUUAGCAUUGGCAUUUUCAUUUGAAAAUUACGGAGAUGUUGUUCUCAACGGAAUGAAUACUCCGUAAUUAUUGACGUCUACUUUAAAUGUCCUUCUAGAUGGUUUAACACCGAAAGAAAAACAGGUUCAAGCAGAUAUUAAGAAAGUAUAUUUUGAUCCAUUGACCAAUCGCAACUGGGAACACGUUGAAAUCGCAGAGUGGAAAAAGCAAAUCGCGGCAUAAUUUUUUAUUAUAAUAUAAUAUUAUUAAGUCAUAAACUAUGGCAUAAAUAUUACUUUGUAUUAUUUUUCUCUCUUUAAUUAAGUUAAUAUAAUCACCGUGGAAAAACUA